UAGGAGUGGACUGACCGCUGGUAUAUAUGUAAAUAUGUACAAAUUCACGAUUCUCAUUUUGGCAGUAGUCGCUGUUGCAGCGGCUUACCCAGGAUAUGGUAGCGGCGGCAGCCAAGGCGGAUUUGGCGGACAAGGUAACCAAGGCGGAUUUGGCGGACUAGGUAGCCAAGGCGGUUUUGGGGGACAAGGUAACCAAGGCGGAUUUGGCGGACUAGGUAGCCAAGGUGGGUUUGGCGGACAAGGCAGCCAAGGCGGAUUUGGCGGACAAGGUAGCCAAGGUGGGCUGGGUGGACAAGGUAGCCAAGGUGGGCUGGGUGGACAAGGUAGCCAAGGCGGAUUUGGCGGACUAGGUAGCCAAGGUGGGCUGGGUGGACAAGGUAACCAAGGCGGAUUUGGCGGACAAGGUAGCCAAGGCGGAUUCGGCGGACUAGGUAGCCAAGGCGGAUUUGGUGGACUAGGAAGCCAAGGCGGGCUUGGCGGACAAGGUACCCAAGGCGGAUUUGGCGGACUAGGAAGCCAAGGCGGAUUUGGUGGACUAGGAAGCCAAGGCGGUUUUGGCGGACAAGAAAGCCACGGUGGAUUUGGCGGACAAGGUGGACAAUUCGGAGUUAGCGGACAGAAGGGCCAAGGCGGAUAUGGCGGAUAUAAUGGCCAAAGCGGAUUCGGACAAAAAGGCCAAGGCGGAUAUGGCGGAUAUAGCGGAGAAGGUAGCGACAGGUUUGGCAGCAGCGAAGACUCUGGAGAAUCGGACGAGUCGCAUUAAUAAAUACAAAUAAAGUAAUGAUACCUAUGUAAUUAGUACUGAUUUGCUUAAGAUAAUUAAGGCUAGUUUUGAAAAGUAAAGUAAUGUUGAAUUAUGUUUA